AUGGAUACUAUGGCAAAAUUGGCUACUUGACAUUCCAACUUAAAAUUACAGUAAUUCGAAUUGCUGGAAAAUUGUUAAAUACUAUUAUCGGCUCCAUUACGAUUUACGAAUUAUCUGGGUGAAAUGUCAAUAUUGCCCUCAGAACUCCAAUAUAUAAGAGCCCACACUCUGGUUGAAUGACAGGGCCACCACUCACCACAGGAGUUCUCUUCUCUUCUCUUCUACAGUACGACUGUGAGUGUGAGGCCAAGGAGAUGGAGGGGAAGAAUAGAGCAGCCGCCAUUGCUGCCCUGUGCAUGCUCCUUCUCCUCGCGCAGCCAAAGCCAUCCCAUCAGCAGCCCUCUGGAGUCAACUGCAUGUGCUACCAGCACUGCUACCCUGGGUGCAAGGAUAGGAUCUCGCCGUUGUUCUGCAAGGUCAAGUGUGCUGGUCGCUGCCCCGACGCCAUUGAUGGCCUUGCCUCCUGCUUGAUCGCCUGCGACAUGGACUCCAUCUGUGACCAGCCAGGGCCGUCAGUCGAUGUUGAGGUUUGCAGGAAUGUCUGCCACGAUAUGUGGGUGGCGGGUGGCGCCAACUAACCUUGAAGGGCUGCGAGCAGGUCGGUCAUGGGAUCAUAAACAUAUGAUGUCGAACAGCUGUGGUUGCUGCAUCAGUCAAUAAAAUGUGUUUCGCUUUGGUGCAUCACUUGUGUGAAAAUUUGUCAAUCUUCAGAUUAUCAAUGCAUGUGCAAACCCUGCUUAUUUUGAUUCA